UAAAAGGCGAGGUCACUGGAAAGAACUUAAGGGCUGCAGGCACCGACCGACUUCCCUGCGUCCCUCCUCUCUCUUUUCGCUUCUCCCCCGUAAGUCCUUUUCCGGCCGCCAGCUCUCGCACCUCCCUUUCCGGCUACUUUCUAGAACUCGGAUUCCACCAGAGCCGCAUCUAUAUAUAUAUAGAGCACCCCACGUCCCGCACCACCGACAAGAAAACCUCCGAGAAGAAGAAAAGAAAAACCCGUCGCACUUCUCGCUUUCGCUUUCUUUUCCGAUUCCCUGAAGUCGAAAUCCGUCGAAAACCGGAAGGGGAGAUUGGUUCUUGGGUGGAUAUUUGUAUGUCAGAGCGUGGAGACGGGGGGAGGAUUUCCGGAGAAACGGCGAUAUUUCUCCAUAGGAAUCGGAGUUCCGGAGGGAGGAGGAGAUGGAGCAGAAGCAUAUACUCAUGUCGGCCCUGGGGUUGGGGCUCGGCGUCGGGGUGGGGAUUGGGCUGGCCUCCGGCCAAACCGUCGGCAAAUGGGCGGCGCCGGCCAGCUCCUCCGCCGGCGUGACGGCGGAGAACGUCGAGAAGGAGCUCAUGAGGAUGGUCGUGGAUGGGAGGGAGAGCAAGGUUACCUUCGAUGAGUUCCCUUAUUACCUCAGAAUGAGGCUGGAAUUUUGUAUAUAUCUAUGCUCGUCAUAACCCCUUUACUGUGAGGUGGAUCGAGGAUUAUGCUGUAGAUCAUGCUGGGGUCUGAUGGUAGUAGUAUGUGAAAAGACCCGAGCUUUGCUGACAAGUGCAGCCUAUGUUCACCUCAAGCAAGUGGACUUGUCCAAGUACACUCGAAACCUUUCUCCUGCAAGUCGAGCCAUUUUGCUCUCAGGCCCUGCAGAGCUUUACCAACAAAUUAUUGCCAAGGCACUAGCCCAUUUCUUUGAGGCCAAAUUGUUGUUGCUAGAUGUUACUGACUUCUCACUCAAGGUACAGAGCAAAUAUGGCAGUUCCAACAAAGAUUCAUUCUUCAGAAGAUCUGUAUCUGAGGCAACUUUGGAGAGAAUGUCUAGUUUUCUUGGAUCUCUUUCGAUCCUUUUGCAGAGGGAGGAACCUAAAGUUAUUGCAGGAUCAUUACGUAGGCAAAGCAGCUGUGUAGAGUUAAGGCCAAGGGGAUCAGAUAGCAAUAGCUACACGUCUAAAAUCCAUAAAAAUGCAUCAGUUUCAGCUGAUAUUAGUGGCCUCACAUCACAAUGUGCUCCUAUAAAUCCAGUUCCUCUCAAACGCACCAGCAGCUGGUCUUUCGAUGAAAAGAUUCUUCUACAAUCACUUUACAAGGUUUUGGUUUCAGUUUCAAAAAUUAAUCCCAUUGUCCUGUAUAUAAGGGAUGUUGAGAACCUUCUAUACAGAUCGCAAAGGAUAUAUUCUUUAUUUCAAAAAAUGUUGAAGAAGCUAUCAGGACCAGUGUUGAUACUUGGUUCAAGAUUGUUGGAAUCUGAUUGCGACUACAGUGAUAUGGAUGGAAGGGUCAGUAGUCUGUUCCCUUACAAUAUAGAGAUUAGGCCUCCAGACGAUGAGACUCGUUUGGUUAACUGGAAAUCCCAGCUUGAGGAAGACAUGAGAAUGAUACAAAUUCAGGAUAACAAAAACCACAUUGCAGAGGUACUUGCAGAGAAUGAUCUUGAGUGUGAUGAUUUGGGCUCCAUCUGCCUAGCAGAUACAACGGUUCUCAGUAAUUACAUAGAGGAAAUUGUUGUGUCAGCUGUUUCUUACAAUUUGAUGAAUAACAAGGUACCUGAAUAUAGAAAUGGAAAGCUUGUCAUUUCUUCAAAGAGUUUGUCCCAUGCAUUGAGUAUAUUCCAAGAAGGUAGACAUUCCAGCGAGGAUACUCUAAAGCUGGAAGCAAAUGCUGAAUCAGGAAAGGAAACUGUAGAUGAAGAUGGUGCAGCUGUGGCUGCAGCAAAACCUGAAGUGAGUGCUGAAGUCUCACCUCCUGAAAAGAAAAGUGAAGCAGAGAAACCAGCAUCAGCAGUGAAAGAUGCUGAAAGUUCAUCUCUACCACCAAAAACGCCUGAAGUUGCUCCAGACAAUGAAUUUGAAAAGCGGAUCAGACAAGAGGUCAUCCCAGCAAGUGAAAUUGGGGUGACAUUUAAUGACAUAGGUGCCCUUGAUGAAAUCAAAGAGUCUCUUCAGGAGCUAGUCAUGCUUCCCCUUCGACGUCCUGACCUCUUUACUGGAGGUCUCCUAAAGCCUUGCAGAGGAAUCCUACUGUUUGGGCCACCUGGAACUGGGAAGACAAUGCUAGCCAAGGCUAUAGCAAAUGAAGCUGGAGCAAGUUUCAUCAAUGUUUCAAUGUCCACUAUCACAUCAAAAUGGUUUGGGGAAGAUGAAAAGAAUGUCAGAGCUUUGUUUACACUUGCUGCUAAGGUCGCCCCUACUAUCAUUUUUGUGGAUGAGGUCGAUAGCAUGCUUGGGCAGCGAACUAGGGUAGGAGAACAUGAGGCAAUGCGGAAGAUCAAAAAUGAGUUCAUGACCCACUGGGAUGGCCUCUUAACUAAGUCUGGGGAGAGAAUCCUUGUUCUAGCAGCGACAAACAGACCGUUUGACCUUGAUGAAGCAAUUAUUAGGAGGUUUGAGCGCAGAAUAAUGGUUGGCUUACCAUCAGUGGAGAGCAGGGAGUUAAUCUUAAGGAAACUUUUGUCGAAGGAAAAGGUUGAAGAACUUGACUACAAGGAGCUUGCAACUAUGACAGAAGGAUACAGUGGUAGCGAUCUUAAGAACCUAUGCGUGACUGCAGCGUAUCGCCCUGUUCGAGAGCUAAUUCAGAGAGAGAGGCUUAAGGAACUGGAGAAGCGGAAAGCUGAGGAAGGAGACAGUUUGGCAGAGAGUUCAGAAAAUAAGGAAGAGGAUGGGGAACAAACAUUAACCCUCAGACCUUUAAACAUGGAAGACUUGAGGCAGGCAAAGAAUCAGGUUGCUGCCAGUUUUGCUGGUGAGGGUUCUGUGAUGAGUGAACUGAAACAAUGGAAUGAUUUAUAUGGGGAAGGAGGCUCAAGAAAGAAGCAACAGUUAUCUUAUUUCCUAUAAAGCAUACAUGUAUAUACAAACCAGUGAAAAAUGAGAUUUCACCCCUGGUGACCACUCAAAUGCUCUUGCGGAGCAAUUGAUAAUAAACGAAAGGAGCAUUAAGUUGCUGGCUGGUUUCCAGUAUUUGUGUGCAUUUUAGUAGUGGCGGGGCUACAGAUAGAAAAGGUAGAUAGGUUGCUUGGAUCUGUCAGAUGUAAUUUAUACCCAUAUAGAGUGUAUUAUUUUUUUCAUAUGAUACAUUUUUGAGGUAUGUAUGUAUUCAGUUGUUAUAUGCUGUAUUAUUUUGUUGCUUUAAUUUAGACAAUACAAUUCUGAAUGAUUAUUAGGAA